AUGGCGCUCCAGUAUAUCCCGUCCUGCCCGGUCGGGGUUGACGACUCAUUUGGACCGUGGGCCGGCCCGGUGUGUCGCGGCGGUUUCGACUUCACUCUAUUUUUCGAGGACACCAUCUUGACGAUACCCUUGUAUUGCCUCUUUUUGCUCGCGCUUCCAGUCCGUGUCUUUCAGCUGGCGCGAACCGAUGUCAAGGUCGUUCCUAGUCUUCACAAGAGAGUCAAGCUUGCCGCCGCCGCAGCACUCGCGUUUGUCAAUGGCUAUCUCCUCAUUCUCUGGGCGACCCUGCCCGUCGACUCCCCGAUACAUACGUCCGCCAGCGUUCCUGCUGCCGUCCUCGCCCUCGUCGCGUCACUCGGCUUCGUCGGGCUCUCACUGCUCGAGCACGAAAGAGCCCUUCGUCCAUCAUUUGUGCUGACAUCAUCUCUCGGGCUCUCUGUUCUGCUCGAUAUGGCUCGAGUUCGCACGAUAUGGCUCAUCACAGAGAACGCCGGCAGUACCACGACCAUUCCUGCAAUAUAUUCGCUUAGCUUCGGCCUCCGGGUUUUCAUGGCCGUGGUUGAGACUAUCGAGAAGCACAAGAUCAUCGUCCCGGAGAAGCACACACCCACCGUGGAGGACAAGACCAGUUCCUUGAGCCGCAGCGUCUUCUGGUGGUUGAUGCCUCUCCUCCGACUCGGAUAUGGCAGGGAGAUUGGUCUUGAUGAUAUGUAUGUCCUUGAGGAGGACUUGAUGCCGGAACCACUGAGCGAGCAACUUGCAGAGGCCUGGGAGAAAGUACCAAACAAGAAAGCUCCGAUGGCUCUGUUUUCCACAUGGCUCAAGACGUUCAUUCGGCCCGUGUUGAGCCCCGUGCUCUUCAAGCUCAUGAACUCGGCCUUUUCUUAUUCCCAGCCUUUCCUCGUCACUGCCGGUAUCAACCUUGCUGCUUAUCCACAGACACAGCCGUAUAACAACUACGGGUACGGUCUUAUUGGCGCUUAUUUUCUUGUAUAUGUUGGCCUAGCAGUCACCAACGGGCAAUACGAGUGGCGACUCUACCGCUGCGCCGCCAAGAUGAAAGGCAGCAUCAUCGGUGUCAUCUACCAGAAGGCGUUACGAUUGGACGUUCAGUCCUCCGGCACUAGCCACGAGGCUGCUGUGACCUUGAUCAGCACAGACUCUCAUACCAUUUUGCAUGCCUUGAUCCAAUUACAUGAGAUCUGGGCUGGCCUUUUUGAGAUUGUCAUUGGUGUCUACUUGCUGUCCCGUCAGUUGGGAGUGGCCUGUGUUAUGCCUGUCGCCGUGACUUUUGCUUGUCUAAUCCUGACCGGGUCAUUGGCCAUGCCAACGGGUAAAGCUCAAGCAGCAUGGAUCUUGGCCUCGCAAGAGCGUGUCACCACCACCGCAAAGACCCUUGGCAGCAUAAAGUCACUACGGAUAUCAGGCUUGAACGAGCGGGCUUUCCAGGUCAUUCGACAACUGCGAAAUGACGAACUUUCCAUCUCCCAAACAUGCCGUAUUCUGCUUGCGGCAUACCUUGUUCUUCUGGUUUAUGUGCCACUCUGGGGCCCAGCCCUUACUUUCGCCGUCUACGCCGCGACUGGAUCGAACGGGGGUACGCUCACGAUUACCACGGCGUUUACGGCCGUCUCUUUAUUUUCCCUGGUCAGCAGGCCGCUUGUGAUCAUGAUCUUUGCCAUUCCGACCUUCGCGGGCGGGAUCGCCUCAUUCGGACGGAUCCAGGACUUCUUGAAUCGCGAGGAGCGACAUGACGCUCGUACACACGAGACUUUGAACGAAAAGGGACACUUACGCUCGAAACCAUCCAUAGUUAGCGUUGCAAGCCGCCGGACUGCUGUUAGCCGCAGGAGCAAUGGCAGUCGCAAGAGCGCCGUCGAAACCCACGAACAGAUCAUGCUGGAGCCAUUGACCUUCCAGCAUGAGCAGAGAGAUACGAUCGUUUCUAUACAGGGUCAUUGUCGUUGGGCCGAGGACGAGAAGCCAGUCAUCGAUAUCCCCGACCGCCUAGAUUUCCAGCGGAAUGCAUUAACCGUCAUUUUAGGACCCGUUGGAUGUGGCAAAUCGACAAUGCUCAAGGCGAUCUUGGGGGAGCUAUCAUUGUUCAAGGGCGAGGUCCGUACAAGCUACACAGGCGUUGCGUACUGUGGGCAGUCGCCGUGGUUGCCGAAUGAGACUGUCAGGGAGAUUAUUACUGGUAGUGACGACGGACCAGAGGGCUUUGAUGCCGCAAGAUACGACGAGGUCGUUUCGGCUUGUGCUCUCAGGCCAGACUUCCAGAUGUGGCCGCAGGGCGAGUUCACGGUGGUUGGCACCAAGGGAAUUGCCAUGAGUGGUGGACAGAAGCAUCGCAUUGCUUUGGCACGAGCGCUGUACUCUCGUGAAGAGUUCUUUGUGCUGGAUGAUGUGUUUAGUGGACUCGACAUGACAACCGCCGAUACGGUCUUUCACAAAGUCUUUGGCAAGGAGGGGCUGCUUCGGUCAAGCCACAGGACGGCUGUUCUGGCUAGCUCUGAUGUUCGCCGCAUGCGCCAUGUCGAUCAAGUCGUGAUUCUAAACAGCAAAGGUCAAGUCGAAGCGAAAGGCCCUCCCGAGAUCUUCUACAAGACCAAGGGCGUGUCCGAGCUUCUCGGUCUUGCUGGCAAGACCUCCGCGGGAAGUUCCACCGAGGGUGACAGCUCGGAGAGAAAAAUGUUGACGGGGCCCCAGAAACAGAGCGAGCCAGUUGUGCUGCCUGGUGCGGAACCGGAGCUGUACGACAAGCUCAAGGACCGCCGGUUCGGUGACUCCGCCAUGUACGCUUUCUACGCCCGCGGUAUCGGCUGGGUCACGAUCUUGACCUUUGUGAUGGCUAUGGCUGCGUAUGCUGCUUUGGGCACGUUUCCGAGCAUCUGGCUGAAGUGGUGGGGAGAGUCGAACAUCCUUCAUCCGAACCAGGAUACUGGCAAGUGGCUGGGCGUGUAUAUUGCACUGACUGUUGGUGCCUCUCUGGCAAUUAUCCUUGGCGCAUGGCAACUCCUGAUUGUCGUGAUCAACAAAUCAGGCGUCUACUUUCAUGAUAUUCUGCUCAAUACUACAUCAAGGGCACCAAUGUCCUUCUUCACCAAGGUCGACAGUGGUGUCACCGUCAACCGCUUUAGCCAGGAUCUCCAGCUCAUUGAUAUGGAGCUUCCCAUGACCGGAUUUUCCGUUGCUACAGGUCUGGCAUUUGCCAUCGCGGAGCUCGUCCUCAUUGCCGUCUCUACGAAGUACCUCGCAGCCUGCCUUCCCAUCGUAUGCAUUCUCUGCUACGGCGUCGGCCACUUUUAUCUCCGCACGUCUCGCCAGGUCCGUCUCCUUGACAUUGAGUAUCGUGCGCCGCUGGCCUCGCAGCUUCUCAGGACGCUCGACGGCCUCGAGACAAUCCGUGCCUAUCGAUGGGAAGACAAGUACGAGGUCAAGAACAUGGCGUUCCUCAACGACUCACAGCGUCCGUACUACAUGCUCAUGUGCCUGCAGCGCUGGCUCGUCUUCUCUGUCAACUUGGUUGUCGCAAUGAUCGCGCUCGUGCUCAUUGUUGUGGUCACGACUUUGCGCGAGCAGAUCGGUGCCGGAUAUAUGGGUGUCGCGCUCAGUAAUGUGCUCGCAUUCAGCAGCACUAUCGAGGCGGCGGUCAUCUCGUGGACGAUGCUCGAAGUUUGCCUCGGAGCGGUGUCGAGAGUGCGGCUCUUCCAGGACGAGACCGAGUCGGAGGAAGCGACAGCCAAUGAGAGUGUGGUACUGAAGAAACCUGAUGAUGAGCACUGGCCAAGAGAGGGCAAGGUUGUGAUUCGGGAUCUGACGGCCGCAUACAACUCGAGCGGUGUUGUCCUUGACCACGUCUCUUUCACGAUCGAGGCCGGUCAAAGGGUUGCCAUCUGCGGACGAACAGGAAGUGGCAAGAGCUCCUUGACAAUGUGUCUGCUGCGCAUGCUGGACGCAAAGCACGGCAGCAUCACCAUCGAUGGCGUCAACAUUGCCAACGUCCCACACGACCACGUGCGCAAGGCUCUCGCCGCGGUGCCCCAAGAUGCGUACAUCUUUGGCGGCACCGUUCGUCUCAAUGUCGACCCAGACAACGUGGCUGCCUCCGACGAGGAAAUCAUCGAAGUGUUGCGCAAGGUCCGGCUUUGGGGAAAGCUCCAAACCCGAGGCGGACUGGAUGGCGUGAUCGGUGACGACUCGGGCUUGUCUCAGGGCGAGACGCAACUGUUGGUUUUCGCGAGAGCGAUGUUGAGGCGAAGCAGGAUCUUGAUUCUCGAUGAGUUCACGAGCAGCCUCAAUGAUGAGUCAAGCAGCAUAGUCUACGACGUCUUGCGUGAGUGGUUUCAAGGAUGGACCAUCAUUGCGAUUGCCCACGAGCUCGAGUCGGUUCUCGAUUUUGACCGGAUCGCGGUCCUCGAUAAGGGCCAGCUGCUCGAGUACGACGAGCCGGGGGUGCUGCUUCAGACGCCUGGAUCUGCGUUCCGGGCGCUGUAUGAGGGCGGCGGCGGCGGCGGUGGCGAGACUGGAGAGAAGGUAGAGGAUGUCUACUUUGGCGAGUCAGGGGAAGAGACUGGUUCGGCGAGUGAGAAGAAUGCUUCUACUUAGAGUCAGAAGAACGACGAUCUAGAAGGAGUCUAAUGCCACGAAGUGGUCGGAACGGAAGAGGAAUAUGGCAGGAAAGGGCUAACGCAACUCAUGUUUUGUAGAAGUAUAUAAUUCCACUCCGUCUUGUACAAUUCUAAGUUACUUCGUUCAAUUUUAUCCCUUUAGUGGCCUAUGAUAGUUAUGAUACGAGGGCGAAUGUUCGAGAGCCACAUUUGGGCUGGAGUUCAACCAGUUCCCGACAGUGUUGUGUGAUUCCUUCAGUUCUCAAAAGCGCAACUGCUAGAUGUUGCGAGAAAUAUUUCUUUUCUCUGUUUUAUUCCUCAACUGGUAGAAUUGAUUCUCUCGGUCAAUUCCAUCAGAAGUUCUGUGCAUGGAAGGCGCAUGCUUUCGUACAAAGUCGAGCCUCAUGCAUUAUUUGAUCUCCAUAUCGCAAAAC